UGCUCUUGUAUAAAUGGCUUAUUCUAACAAGUUGUUUUAUUGAUGUCAUCUCUAACUGCAUCCAUACAUAUCGAUACCGUAUCAAUAAUAUUAUUACAACACUGCUACACCCACACAAACACGCACAUGUACACGUUCACGCUCACCAAUUUACCAGAGAGAGUUUUUGGGUUUUGUUUAGUUUUUUUAAUUGCAACUUGAAUUGAAGGCCUGACCAGUGCGAAGAGCGCUCUUCGCACAACUUAUUUGCGACUCGAUACGCCGAGGUUGAUAAGAACAAAGGCGAGUGGAAAAGCUUCAGAAGAAGCUCAGGCGAGGAAAACGGGCAGCGGCGACUGGACUUCAGAACUCGAACUUUGGCACGGAUACCCCAAGUAGCUUCAUCUCGUUCACCGUGGGAUAUAUGACCUGUCAGUCGGUCGGAACCAAUAGCGGCCCCCACUACACAGGCACUGUCACUGCUCGAAACAGCUUGCAUCACUGUUAUUGCACAAAGUAAUUAGACAUGGCUGCAGCAAUCGAACAGCGUUUCCAGGCCGCCGUCAACGUGAUCAAAGGACUGCCCAAGAAUGGACCUUAUCAGCCGAGCACCUCCAUGAUGCUCAAGUUCUACGGCCUCUUCAAGCAGGCCACCGAGGGGGCCUGCGACCAGAAGAAGCCAGGCUUCUGGGACGUGGUCGGAAGGGCCAAGUGGGACGCCUGGCACGACAACCGCCACUUAAACAAGGAACAGGCCAUGCAGCGCUACGUUGAGAGCCUCAAGGAGAUCAUUGAGACGAUGUCGUUUACAGAGAAUGUACAGAACUUCGUGGGCAGUCUCGACGGUCUGGGGAACAUCAAUCUGGAUGAGCUGGAACUGGUUUCGCCGGGGAUGCGCGAGAUAGCCGAGUCGCACCCCAACUCGCCGUUCCAUUCGCGCACAAACAGCCCGCAGCACGGCUUUAACGGCAACGCUGACGAGGAACUGGAAGCUCCGCUGGCUGCCUCAGAGACCAUGAAGGAAAGCGACCGUAAUGAGGCAGUGAUAACCAAUGGCCACAUAGCUGCGCCACUGACCAAUGGCUACGUGGGAAAGCAUAGUAACUACGCACACGACCCCCACAACUACACGAACAAUAGCAGUGUGGCGAUUGUAGAGCCCUCGGACGACGAAUACGAUGACCCGUACGACCUUAGCCACGAGCUGACCCAGGCGAUCGCCCAAAACACGGAGCUACUGCAGCAGAUCCAGACAGCGAUCUCGCGGAUGAACAGCGACGUGGGCACAGUGCAGCAGAGGGUUAGGAGCCUCGAACAGUCCGUCAAGGAGCUGCCCAGCGGCCCAAGCUCGAAGCGAGGAGCGUGGAAAAGUUCGCAGCCUUCUUGGUGGCCUUUCACAAACAUUUCGCCCCUAUGGUUCGCCAUCCUCAUCCUGUGGCCUUUUGUGGUGCGACGCUUCGCGGGACUGCUCCAGGCAGCGCCUCAGCGCAGACGCUGACGGCAACGUCCUUAUCAACUAGCGGAAGGGGCAAUAGUUAGUUAAAAUUUUCCUUUGGUUGCGGGCACGAGCUUGGUCUUUAGCUUUCAUCUGUCCUCGAAAGCAAUUCGGUUAUUGUACAGAGUUGGCCUUAUUUAUAGAACCUGACCUACGGGUAUCCAGUUGCAAUGUCUUUACUACCUUUAAUCAGUUCACGAAAUUAUUUGUAUAUUUAUUUGUAUUUGUACCACAAAACGAAACGCAAAGGUCGCAUUCCCACAUCUGAUUUAGUUUGUAAGCAAAAUGUUUCUUGUACAAUUUUCCGGCAGCGGACGCUUUAUUUUGUUUUGAAAGUGUCUCUCUGCCGAAUUGUGGUUGUAAGUGAACAGUUUAUUGUGCAUUAUUUUGUUGUUAAUUUGUAUUUUUAUUUUUUUGUAAUAAAGUCAUGUUUAAAAGGUGA